ACCACUCAUGCAUCUCCUGUCUUCUCGUUACCACUCAUUAGUAAUAGACAUUAUCUCUUCCCCAACCAUCCGUUCCCGCAUAUACAAUGCGCAGAAAUGAGGAUCAUCGCUGCAAAGCCGUGGGGGGUGAACCCCGUAUUUCAGAGGUAAAUGGCAGAUGCAAUCAUGAGCGUGAGAAUAGCGUCUAGCCUUCACCUUAUCCAUCACCGCCAUCACCUUCCAAUGGCAAACUGCACGUCGAUAGUCACAAAAAGCUCAAGUCGUAGCUUAGAGUUGAAGAAGAGCAUUUGUUUUCCUGAGAACCAAAGGCGCGAAGGCCAGAGGAGGGAAAAGUGGAGAAUCCAAGCAUUCCCAGAUUGGCCUCUGCUGGCUGUUUUAGUUCAGCACGUUGAAGGUGAAAGGGAUGUUAUCCUUCACAAGGCAGUUUGGCAUCUCAACGAUGAAGCUCUCAAGAGCGUCUAUACGAUGUACAUCAUGUUCACUUGCUGGGGAUGCUGUGUCUUUGGAUCUACUAAGGAUCCAUACUAUGAUAGCGAGCAGUACAGGAAAGAUGGAGGGGACGGAACAGGCUUUUGGCUAUACGACAAGCAAGAAGAUAUUGAAGAAGCUGCUAGAGCACAGCUGUGGAGGGAGGAACUAAUUGAGGAGAUUGAGCAAAAGGUUGAAGGCUUGAGGGGGUUGCAAGAAGUUAGCAAGAAAAACCAAGAGGAGCUAGUCAACUAGAAAAACAUGUGCCACAUGGGCUCAACUAAAGCAUCUUUCAAGUGCUUCACUUGUGUAUAGGCUUUAGUUUUUGUAAGAUACUCGAAAAAGUUGAUGUUCUGUAGGAGAAGAAACUCAGCCCGAGAGAGAGAGAGAGAGAGAGAGAGAGAGAGAGAGAGAGAGAAUCUUUAUUUGCUAUAAAGGAAACCAAAAUGUUAUCGCUGCUGAUUUACUUUGGUUUGCAAAUAAAAAAAAAAUCGAAAACUGUUAAAGUCGUGCA